AUUCCCAACUUCCGCCAUGCCUCAACUAUCAAAGGACGAAAUCGAGGAGGUCACAGAGGUGUUCGACCUUUUCGAUUUCUGGGAUGGUCGUGAUGGCGCCGUCGACGCUGCCAAGACCGGCGACAUGUUGUACUGUCUGGGCCUCAACCCUACCAUGACCACCAUCAUGAAGAACGGAGGUGUGGAGAAGUUUGGAGAGAAGAACUACAAACUGGAGGAGUUCCUGCCCAUCUACCAGACCGUCAUGCAGAUCAAGGACACAGGCACCUACGCCGACUUCAUGGAGGCUUUCAAGACAUUCGACAGAGAGGGUCAGGGCUUCAUCUCAUCUGCUGAGUUGAGGCACGUUCUGACAUCUCUGGGAGACCGACUGACUGACACCCAGAUGGACGACAUCAUCAAGUGCACCGACUUGAGAGAGGAUCUGGAGGGCAACGUCAAGUACGAGGACUUCAUCUCCAAGGUCAUGGCCGGACCCUACCCAGACAAAUAGACAUUUAACACCCAGGACAAGUAAAAACUCUCUUAUGAUAUAUGGCUAUGUUUUCAUGUUAGCUAAGACAAGAAACUGAACGCCAAUGCCAAAAAGCAGAAUUCAAAAGCAAAUCUCAGUUCUUCUUCAUAGAAAUUUGCAUUGUCCACAAUCAAUGUAUCAAAGAUACAUAAUACAGGAUGAAAAGUAAAUAACCAUUGUACUUUGAUAGUAUACAUCUUAUGAAAGGGCCUUUGUCAAAGGCCAAAUAACUGUACAGAUAUCUUAACUGCUUCUUACGGACAAUUCCUGCCAUCUCAAAAUACAGCCUGGU